AGACGGGACAUCCGGUCAAAGGACACCCAACACUACCCAGAACACACUCCGCUUCUUCAAUAAGACCAAGACAUCUAUACGCAUACACAGACAUCCCAUCUCUCACCUUAAACACUGUACAAAUCUCACAAUGUCGCAACAUAAAUACGAUCCUCCGGCAGGCCCUCCACCACCAGCCUACGGUUCCGACGCUGGCUCUAACUUCCAAUCCCCCGCCCCAGCGCACAUCGCCCCCCAAGGCACCGGCCAACAAUCCGACUACUACAACGCCUCGCCCGCUCAAAACUACUCGCAGCAAGGCUUCCCACCACAAGGACAAUACCCCAACCAAGAUCCGUACGCACAACAAGGCGGUCAGCAGCAAUGGGGUCAACAGCAGCAGGGAGGAUAUUACCAGCAGGGUCCACAGAUGGGGUAUGCGCCGCAAGGACAGUAUGGACAGCCUGGAUAUGGCCAGCCAGGUUAUGGACAGGGUGGGUAUCCGCAGGGUCAGUAUGUUGAUCAAAGGGGGAGGGGAGGCGCGAGUGGCGGGCUGCUAGGAGGGUGUUUGGCUGCGUUGGCUUGUUGUUGUUGUUUGGAUGUUUUGUUUUAGAUGGACUUGUCGUGUGUAGAAGGAAGGGCUGGGGACGAUGGAGAGAGAGGAUUGGAGACCUGGGGGAGAACAGAUGUGAGAUUUGAGGAUGGAGAGAUCGAAAGUGUUGUUUGGGAGGUUGGACAAAUAAAAUCUUUUAAUGCGACGGCAGCAAGGCCCAUCUAUUUAUUUCCGAGGGUUACUAGAGGGAGAGAGCGGGAUUGUUUGUUUUUAUACAGCUGAAGGGAUUAGAAAACUGUGGGGGUGGUGGAUUGGAUGGAGGGUACAUUUUCCCGUUUUGGCUGGCAGGACCGUCUUUACCAGUAGCACCGACUACGUAUGGGUUUUCCCCAAGAAACAGUAUAAGUGGCAAUUUCAGUAAGGGCUAGUAUGGAGUUUUGUCUGGGGGGUUUUUUUUUUAGCAGAGUGUAGUACAAAUUCUUGAGAAUAUGGACUUGUUCUUCUGGUCUCGUGAGGAGGCACACCGUAGAAUCACUCAAAAGUAGUGGCGGAACAUGGAUCGAAAUGUCGAAAUUGCAGAUUUUGGAGCCUUCAAAUAGUUAUAAUUGCCCAUUCUAGAAGCCUGGAUUAUUUUAAAGCUUAA